AUGUCUGAACUAUCGAUUGGCACGCCAUUGGUUGAAGCGUAUGUUAUACACGCGACAAAUUACAAAUGUCGUGAGUGCAUCUCUGUACACGUUGGUCAAGCCGGAGUCCAGAUCGGUAAUGCCUGCUGGGAACUGUACUGUCUCGAGCAUGGCAUCCAGCCUGACGGUCAGAUGCCCACUGACAAGACCAUCGGUGGCGGCGAUGACUCCUUCAACACCUUCUUCAGCGAGACCGGAGCCGGCAAACACGUGCCCCGCGCCGUGUUUGUUGACUUGGAACCCACUGUAGUCGAUGAGGUCCGCACCGGCACAUACAGACAGUUGUUUCAUCCAGAACAACUUAUCACUGGUAAGGAAGACGCGGCCAACAACUACGCCCGCGGUCACUACACCAUCGGAAAGGAAAUCGUAGACUUGGUACUCGACCGCAUCCGCAAGUUGGCCGACCAAUGUACGGGUCUUCAGGGCUUCCUCAUCUUCCACUCGUUCGGAGGAGGUACUGGUUCAGGGUUCACGUCCCUGCUCAUGGAGCGCCUCUCCGUGGACUACGGCAAGAAGUCCAAGCUGGAGUUCGCCAUCUACCCCGCGCCGCAGGUGUCCACCGCCGUCGUGGAGCCCUACAACUCCAUCCUCACUACACACACCACCCUGGAACACUCGGACUGCGCCUUCAUGGUCGACAACGAGGCCAUCUACGACAUCUGCCGCAGGAACCUGGACAUCGAGCGCCCCACAUACACCAACCUCAACAGACUGAUCGGACAGAUCGUGUCCUCCAUCACCGCCUCCCUGCGUUUCGACGGCGCCCUCAACGUCGACCUCACCGAGUUCCAGACCAACUUGGUGCCUUACCCGCGUAUCCACUUCCCUCUGGUCACAUACGCGCCCGUCAUCUCCGCCGAGAAGGCCUACCAUGAGCAGCUCUCCGUAUCUGAAAUUACGAACGCUUGCUUCGAGCCCGCCAACCAGAUGGUGAAGUGCGACCCUCGCCACGGCAAGUACAUGGCCUGCUGCAUGUUGUACCGAGGAGACGUUGUCCCUAAGGACGUGAACGCGGCCAUCGCCACCAUCAAGACCAAGCGCACCAUCCAGUUCGUAGACUGGUGUCCCACCGGAUUCAAGGUCGGCAUCAACUACCAGCCACCUACCGUGGUUCCCGGCGGAGACUUGGCCAAGGUGCAGCGCGCCGUGUGCAUGUUGUCCAACACCACCGCCAUCGCGGAGGCCUGGGCCCGCCUGGACCACAAGUUCGACCUGAUGUACGCCAAGCGCGCCUUCGUCCACUGGUACGUGGGUGAGGGUAUGGAGGAGGGAGAGUUCUCCGAGGCCCGCGAGGACUUGGCCGCUCUCGAGAAGGACUACGAGGAGGUCGGCAUGGACUCCGCCGAGGGUGAAGGAGAGGGAGCCGAGGAAUACUGA